GCCACUGGAGUCAGAGGGAGCAGGGAGCAGAGGGAGCGCGCUCCAGUCUCCAGUCAGAGCCAGAGCUGGAGCUAGGACUCGAGGGGCCAGAACUUUCCUUGGGGACGGUGUGGGCACUGUGCCCGCCUCACCGGGUCCUCGCCCACCUUUCAGCUUCAGGCCCUGACCCUCCCUCCUGGAGGCCACCCAUGCCACCCACUUCAGCAGGGGAGAACAAACUUUCUUAGGGAAACCACCUCUACCGCCGUGCUGGGUGAACAGGGAGGAGCCGACGCCUGGACAGACAGAUGAGCAGAUGGACAGGACACCUGAGAGCCUGUCCUCCCAGCCUUGCCUUUGACAGGAAGCAGCAGAGCGGGCAGCCGAAGAAUCUAGGGCUCCAUAGGGGCAGCGAGAGGCCCUGCUGGACCUUUGACGGCCAGUGAGCCAUUUCUGAGUCCUGGCAACCAGAAGCUGCUUCCUGAGGUUUAGCACUGUGGCUGGAAGUCCUGUGGGUCAGGACAGGAGUCCCCACCAGACAGAGCCAUAGGCUCUCCCACCCACCAAGGCAACGGGUAAUCUGAGUGAGAAGGCACAGGUGGCAGGUGGGCAGGCGCAGGGUCCUGAGGCCAGCAGGCUGCUGACCCUGGAGCACUCUGGCUCAGGGACCCCUGCCCAGACCGAGGAUGCUGCUGUCGAGACGACCACCAGUCACCCCUGUCCGGUCCUGGAGCUGCCUCCAGCCUGGCCCCUCGGCUGUGGAUCAAAGGAUGUGCCAGCCUUCUGCUUCGUCUGCUUUCACAAGGAGGAGGAGGAGGAGCUGCUGGAAGAGGUCCCACUGCAGAGGGAGAAGAUGAGCGUGGGCUGCCCGGAGCCUGACCCGCCCCGCUCCCUGCCCUGCUGUGGGCCAGGGACCGCCCCUGGACUGGGUGCGGGCGUGCCCCUCCUCACCGAAGACAUGCAGGCACUGACCCUGCGCACGCUGGCCGCUAGUGAUGUCACCAAGCACUAUGAACUGGUCCGGGAGCUGGGUAAAGGCACCUAUGGAAAGGUUGACCUUGUGGCCUACAAGGGCACAGGCACGAAAAUGGCGCUGAAAUUUGUGAACAAGAGCAAAACCAAGCUGAAGAACUUCCUGCGGGAGGUGAGCAUCACCAACAGCCUCUCCUCCAGCCCCUUCAUUAUCAAGGUCUUCGACGUUGUGUUCGAGACUGAGGACUGCUACGUCUUCGCCCAGGAGUAUGCACCCGCUGGGGACCUGUUCGACAUCAUUCCUCCUCAGGUGGGGCUCCCUGAGGACACCGUGAAGCGCUGCGUGCAGCAGCUGGGCCUGGCGCUGGAUUUCAUGCACGGGCGGCAGUUGGUGCACCGCGACAUCAAGCCCGAGAACGUGCUGCUGUUCGACCGCGAGUGCCGCCGCGUGAAGCUGGCCGACUUCGGCAUGACGCGCCGCGUGGGCUGCCGCGUGAAGCGGGUCAGCGGCACCAUCCCGUACACGGCGCCUGAGGUGUGCCAGGCGGGCCGCGCCGACGGCCUGGCCGUGGACACCGGCGUGGACGUGUGGGCCUUCGGCGUGCUCAUUUUCUGCGUCCUCACCGGCAACUUCCCGUGGGAGGCGGCCUCAGGAGCCGACGCUUUCUUUGAGGAGUUCGUGCGCUGGCAGCGUGGCCGCCUGCCGGGGCUGCCGUCCCAGUGGCGCCGCUUCACAGAGCCCGCGCUGCGCAUGUUCCAGCGGCUGCUGGCGCUUGAGCCAGAGCGGCGCGGCCCGGCCAAGGAGGUCUUCCGCUUCCUCAAGCACGAGCUCACCUCUGAGCUGCGGCGCAGGCCCUCGCACCGCGCGCGCAAGUCCGCGGGGGACCGCCCGCCGCCCGCUGGGCCGCUGCGCCUGGAGGCGCCCGCGCCACUCAAGCGCACGGUGCUGACGGAGAGUGGUAGCGGCUCCCGACCCUCUCCCCCGGCCGUCGGGCCCGGGCCCGUGCCCGUGCCCGUGCCCGAGGCUGGCCUGGCCCCCGCAGGGCCCCCAGGCAGGACCGAUGGCCGCCCGGACAAGAGCAAAGGGCAGGUGGUGCUGGCCACGGCCAUCGAGAUCUGUGUCUGAGCUGUCCUGCCGCCUUCGGGCAGGGGUUGGCGGCCGGUUGCUGUGCACGCAGCCGGGCUGGGCGCUGGAGCCACCCCGGGCCCGCGCCAAGCUGGUGGUGGCGGCGGCAACACUGACCAGCCCCGCGGUAGUGGUGGUAGACAAGGCAGGAAGGCGGCUGGGCGCCCAUCCGUUCAAGGGGCUGGGGAGGUAGCCACCAAAAGGCCUCUGGCCUGGCCUGUGGGGCAGGGGCUUGGCCCACAGGAGCCAGGCCCCACAGAGACCGAGGAUUCAGAGGUCCCCCCUGACACCAGGAGCAAGGAGCUUGCAGGUGGAUUCCCCAACAGCUCCUUGAACCCUGGAACCCUGACUAGUUGCUCCUGGCCCUUUGCACCUCCUGGCAGAUGAUCCCGCAGUUCCACCCCAGGUCCUGCCCUCCUGCCCUCCACCCACCCACCCACCCACCCUGGGCAGAGAAACGGACUGAGAAGCUGGAGCAGAGAAGAGGCAUAGGGACCCUGGGCACUGGCUGGAAAGAAGACCAUGAGCUGAGGGCAGUAUUGCUAAGCUGCAUCCUGCCCCUUCCCUGGGAGCCUGGAGGGGAGAGGCUAAGACCCCUGCAAAAUGUAGCAAAUGUCUGGAUGUUGCAAAAGUGUGUGUGUGUGCAGGCGCAGGCCCUAGGAACCUAGUGACCCCCCUCCCAACCCACUUCUCUGAUGAGAACUUGGAGCCCACAAGGAGGGCAGCUUGCCUUGGAACACUCAACCACUGAGAGAUGGAGCUCUGGUAGCCCUCACCUCCUCGCCAGGGGACGAAGGGCUCCCAGGGCAGGGGCUGCAGGUGUCCCAGCAUCCAUCCCUAGGGCAUGGGAGUGAGUGUGGAGCCCAGGGUGGGACCCAGCUCCCCUGCUGGCCGUACCUUCCCCAGGCCCAGGGAGCCUCUCAGAUCCUCGGUCCUUGCUGCCCAGCCCAGACAGUGCCCUGGUGUUUGGCAGGCUGUGAAGUGAUUUGUGCCAGAAAUUCCCCCUGGGUUUCUGCUGGGGUCAAACCUGUCAGUCUUGGGCUGACCCUGUCCCCAUAUCUCACACAUUUCUGGUCCUGGAGUGUGAUGCUAUGGGUAUGGAAACGGGGGACCGCUGAGGAAAUGUGAGGGCAGUGAGUGUGUGAUGGGUGUGUGUGCAGUGUGAGUGCACAGAGUGUGCAUGUGCGCGUGUAACCUCGAGUGCUGAGUGACUGCAUCCAGAUGCCUCAGUAACUCCGCCCUGCCCCAGGAGUCUCACCCGGCAGCUGCCAGAGGGCGCCCAAGGCCUGCUUUUCACCACACCCCUCAGGGAAUCCGGCCAGGAGGCACCUGCAGGUUGGUUCAGGCCCCUAGGCAGCAGAACAAAGGAGGGGAGCGCAGCCUCACCCAAGGCUCCCUCACGCGCCCUGCCCUCUCUGUGGAGGAACAGGACCCCGCAAUAACCUCAGCAUGGGUGAGACCGCUCCCUCUGCCUGGCAGUGCACCAUCUGCCCUCCAAGGCCCCACCUGCCAGGGCCCCUCUUGGGGUUCUAGGCCAUUUGAGGGGCUCCUUGAUGGGCCAAGCUGACCACAGGAGCCCCAACCACCCUCUAGCCUGGAGCCGCCACCUCUCUAUUCACCCUUCAUUCCUAUCAUGCAAAAGGGCUAUAGGUCCCCCUGCCCUGCCUGGGUCCAGUUUACAAACAGGUUGCCCCAAGGCCUGGCCCUCCCCCCCUCGGUGUGCCGCCCCUCUCAAGACCCACCUCUCCAGCAGGCAUCGGGGCCUCCACACGCCAGGUAAGUAGCAAACCCCUCCUUUCACCAAGGGCCAAGGCCCCCCAUCACUGCCCCAACCCCCCUGAAGCCCAUCCGGGCACCUUUCCCAGCCGCAACUUCUCCUUUUGCCUUAGGCCUUUUGACAUCCUGUCUCCUGCAAUAACAAAGGAAGCAAGAUUCCAAGUAGAUGUCUCUGGAGAGCAUGUCUCUCUCUCUCUCUCUCUCUCUCUCUCUCUCUCUCUCUCUCUCUCUCUCUGUGUUGAGAUCCUUGUCUUAGUAGCUAGGAUGUUUAGAGUCGGGAAGGGACUGUAGUUAUGUAGCCCAGCCACUUUCAGAGGCACAGAUGGGGGAAGGUGACAGCCUGACUCAGAAGCGGCUGGAACCGGGGCUGCUCCCUCGCUGGGAGGCCCUGCUGCCGCUGCUGCUGCUGCUGCUGCCGCUGCCGCUGCUGCCUCUGCUGGUCGGGUUGGGACCCUUUGCCCCUUAGGAGAGGUGUUGGUCACAGAUGUUUACCUCAGUUUAUGUCACUGUCGAAGAAACAAAAAAUAAAUAGCAAAAAGUUAAUAACAUCGUAGACAUGAAGAUUUAGGGAAAAAAAUUAAACAAAAAUAUCCUCCCCUUGCUAUUCCUCUGUGAAGUGUGUGUGUGUACAUGCGUACGUGCGUGCGCGUGUGCCGGUCUCCGUCCCACCCUGGGCAGGCUAGGACUUCUGUCCCAGCCCCUGUGCCCCCCAUACUGCCCCCUGUCCUUUGGUGCUUCCCAGAGGCCCCUCUGAGCUGGCCUGUGGGGUGUGGGGGAGCCCCUUGGGCAGGAGGCAGGACCACAAGUAGCUUAGAGGGUCUCCCCCCAGGUCCCUGAGCAGAGUCUCAAGGCCACAGAUGCUCCUUGAGCCCCGCACAGGCUGAUGGGACAGCUGUGGUGGCUGGCGUCCACGUCUUAGCCUGGCUGAGGGCCUGGGUGGGAUCCUAGCCCCUGAGCCCCAGGCCUUCAUAUAUUGACACCCCCCCCUCCACGACCACCAUGUGUUUGUAAAUACUCUGGCAUCCUUUGGCCCUGAGGAGGUUUUUAAACGUGUUAUUUACUUCUCUAAUCAUGACAG